AUGCAAGCUACGGAUAUCAAAAUGAUCUUCACGACGAAAGUUUUAUGCGGAGGAAGCAAAGAAGAAAUAGGACAACAUUUUCAGUGCAACAGUUAGAAGAACUGGAAAAAGCGUUUGCGCAGACUCACUAUCCAGAUGUUUUUACAAGAGAAGAUUUAGCUAUGAAGAUCAAUCUAACAGAAGCAAGAGUUCAGGUUUGGUUUCAGAAUCGUCGAGCUAAGUGGCGGAAAGCGGAGAGGCUUCGUAAAGAAAGGGAAGAGAAGCAUAGAUCUUCUUUAGAGAGUGAAAACGGGAAUGAAAAUUUAAAAUUUUCUCAAACUGAUAUCCCUGCAAUGAAUCCAUCCCCUCUGGUUAAUCAAUCGCUUUCGGAUUCAGACGACAGCUCACCUGAAACUCAUAAGGAACAUAGUGAUAUGUGCAAUGACAACGACUGCACUUGGCGGUGUCAAAUGAAAGACGGAAACAGUGAAAGCAAACAAGAAGACAAGAACCUUAAGGUCGAAAAUUCAAGUUUGCAGCAAGAUCAGUUAUCGGGGAAACCUGAUCCCGGAAUAGUAGAAAAUAAGCUAGAAGAACCAGAACCAGUUAAAAUAUGUUCCUCUUUAGGAUCGGGAUUCUCCCCGUCUAAUACAGCAUCUCUCUAUAAGGACUACUUCCCUGCCUUAAGGCCUGCUCGCCUUAUCCCUCCGCCCCUUUGGUCCACUCUACGGGAAUGUCAAACAAGUGGUCGUCAACACUGCAUUGAGGCAUUGCUGUCGUCGUCGCCUCAUGCUGAUUUGCCAAGAUUUCCGUUUCCUCCUCUCUGCUUCCCGUCUUCACACCAUUUGACGACUUCUCAUCACAUGGCAUCAAAUGUGGGCUCUCCAGCCUUCUUUCCAAUCAAAG